AUGGGCCGGCGCAACCAAAUCGUAGCGUCCUUGCUAACUUUAGCAUGCGCGACUUCUACCGCCCUUGCGAACAAGAAAGUCUUCAAUAUUCACGACGAUCUACUCGCGUUUCCUCAAUACCAAGUCCUUUUCCCUGACGAAUAUGUUCUUGACUCUCACGCGAAAGAAUUACUACGGACGCAAAGUAGCCCUCCCGUUUCCGAUGACCAACAGGGAAACUCUCUACAAAAGCCGCAGAUCCCGCUAAAGCCUCGCACAGAUGAGUCGCAAGAGCACAGCCCGCAACAGGAAGGAGGACUGCAGCUCACAUACGAGGAGCUAACCCUCCAAGGCCAACGAUUCCUCUGUCAAAUCCCGCAAGUCGAGAAAGACGAAAGGGAGCUGGCUCGGGCGACGGACCGCGGCUUGGAACUUCUUAGCGAGAUGGAAGGGAAAUGCAUGUACUAUGUUUCGGGCUGGUGGUCGUACUCGUUCUGCUACAAGAAGCAGAUCAAGCAGUUCCAUGCGCUGCCUUCUGGCAGUGGGAUCCCUAACUAUCCUCCCAUGGAGGAUCCGGCAACGCAUUCGUUUAUCCUGGGCCGGUUUCCCCGGGCCAAUGAAGAGGAGGAUGGUGAAGCUGAGCGCAAAAGGCCGGCCGAGGCGACAACAACAGCAACAACGACGGACGUGGCCGAGCUCCAGACGAAGGGGGGAUCGCGGUAUCUGGUGCAGCGGUUGGAGGGCGGGACUAAGUGCGAUUUGACGGGGAAGAACCGGAAGAUUGAGGUUCAGUUCCAUUGUCAUCCCCAGUCGACGGAUCGCAUUGGCUGGAUCAAAGAGCUGACGACUUGCUCCUACUUGAUGGUCAUUUACACCCCGCGCUUGUGCAAUGAUGUCGCCUUCCUACCCCCACAGCAGGAGGAGCUCCAUUCAAUUGAGUGUCGCGAGGUUCUCUUACCUGACCAGGUUCCCGACUGGGAGGCGAUGCGGCAGUAUCACCUGGCCCAGAGACUUGUCGAAUCGUCUGCUACUACGUCAGAAUUUCCUAUCGUCGGUGACAUUGAGGUCGGUGCCAAGAAGCUCGUGGGCACCGAAGGCAAGGAAAUCGAGAAAGGCCGCGUAGCUUCCGCCGGAGAAGAGAAGGUGGAAGUGGUGGCCAAACGCGAGAAUGAUCGAAACCCUGAGACCCGACUCGAAGAGCUCGCUCAGGGUAAGGACUGGACAUUGGAACACGUCACGGCCAAUGGCGAGCGUGGAUUGAGAGGCAUCGUGGACACCGAUGAAGAUGAAGAGGAGGAAGAAACGGGAGCCAAGUCUGGAACAGAGUCGGAGGACCAUGGCACAACGGAAAAGCCGCAGGAGAAGGCUCCCGCCGAGAAGAAAGUUCCAGAGAAGGAGGUCCUAGAGGCUAAACCGAAGGACGAGCCAAAGGGGGAGGAGCUGCCUGCGGACAACGCGGAAGAGGGCAGUGAGGAAAUCUUCAAAGAUGAACUCCGGAAUUCUAUCCCGGUUUGCCAGCUGACGGCGCCCACCAUGGGUUUCCUCGGUGUGUACACGGCCCUUUAUGACUAUCACCCUCAGGCGCAAGGUGAAUUAGAGCUUCGCGAGGGUGACCUAUUAUACCUCCUGGAGAGCAACGACGAAGACGAUUGGUGGAAGGCCAAGAAGAAGGCGGAACACGAUGAUGAGGACGAGCCCGAAGGUCUUGUGCCUAAUAACUACAUAGAGGAGGCCCAGCCAAUUCACUCUGCCAAAGCGCUAUUUGAUUACACACGCCAAACAGACGAAGAGGUAUCCUUCUCCGAAGAUGCAGAACUGGUGGUGUACGACAUAUCGGACCCGGACUGGACCCUAGUUGGGGUCAGCGGGGAUUUCGGUUUCGCCCCGGCAAAUUAUAUCGAGAUUGUUGAACAGGCUGCCCACGCUCCCGCAGCAUCAUCUGUUCCUGCUCCUCCCGCCGAAGCCGCACCUCCGACACUCCCGCAGCGCCCAACGGCGGCACCGACAGAAGAGGCCAGCAGCCCUGUCUCAAGCUCGCCCAUCGGCACCGUUCAGAACCCAGCCGCCGCAGCGAUUGCUGAUAUAAUUCACAAACAGCAUGCAGAGCCCGAAGCCACCAGGGCAGUGCCGCCACCCCCGCAGCCCCAGCCAUCGUAUGAGCCCGAACCAAGCUAUCAGCGGGAGCCUUCGCCGCCGCCGCCGGCCCUCCCACAACGUCCCCCGUCCCAGCAGAUAUCUCCGCGUGUAGAGUCUCCCCGGUCCCCGGGUCUCCCGACACGCCCUCCUCAGAUCACCUUGGUGCAGGAGCAGGAUAGUAAAGGACAUGUGAAAGAGUCCCCGCCGUACAACAGAGUCGGCCCUGCACCCCGUUCUCCUUCCGGCUAUCACAUCUACAAUGUCAAUGAAAUGGUUGAGGUGAUGGGCAAAAGGAAGAAGAUGCCGACAACCCUGGGUAUCAACAUUGCUACUGGGACGAUCUUCAUCUCGCCGGAAGACGAUGGGGAAGAGCAGGAAUGGACAGCUGACAAGCUGUCUCAUUACUCCAUUGAAGGGAAGCACGUUUUUGUCGACCUGGUUCGCCCCAGCAAAAGCAUUGAUUUCCAUGCCGGCGCAAAAGACACCGCCAGAGAGAUUGUCGCGGCACUUGGUGAAAUCUCCGGAGCCUACCGCGCAGAGGGCUUGAGGGAAGUCAUUGCGGCUGGCUCCGGUGGGGGAGGACAGAAGAAGGGUCAGAUUCUCUAUGACUUCAUGGCACAGCAAGACGACGAAGUGGGUGUAAGUGUUGGCGAUGAAGUCAUCGUCCUUGAUGACACCAAGUCUGAGGAAUGGUGGAUGGUCCGGCGCGUGAAGAAUGGCAAGGAGGGCGUAGUCCCAAGUAGCUAUGUCGAGAUCACCGGCUAUGCCUCCAGCAGUCAGCCAUCAGGCGUUGACUCGGGCUUGUCGGCAGUGGAGCGAAACCGUCUCGAAGAAUCAAGGUUGGCCAAGGAGGCUUUGCGCAAGUCACGAACCGAUUCAAUUGAUUCGCCCCGCGGAGAGCAUCACAAGCGUGACAGCCGUAGCAGCCAGAAGUCGAAGCCAGACCCAACCAAGACGAGACAAUGGACCGAUCGUACCAAAACUUUCACUGUGGAGGCUCAAUUCAUCGGCCUGCAAGACGGUAAGAUCCAUCUGCACAAGAUGAACGGGGUCAAGAUCGCGGUCCCUAUCCCGAAAAUGUCUAUUCAGGACCUGGAAUACGUUGAGAAGGUGACGGGAGUGUCACUGGACGAGGACAAGCCACUCUCCGACAUCAAGCGUCGUUCAACACAGCGAGAACCUGAAAGAUCCCGACCUUCGGCUGAGAACAAACGCUCCGAGUCUGCUGGAGCUUCGUUCCAGCAGUCCGAUUAUGAUUGGUUCGAUUUCUUCCUGAAAGCAGGAGUCGGUCCACACCAAUGUGAGAGGUAUGCGCAGAAUUUCACCAAGGAUUCGAUGGACGAGAGCAUUCUUCCGGAUAUUACGCCAGAAGUACUUCGCACGCUUGGCUUGAAGGAAGGCGAUAUCUUACGAGUGAUGCGCCACCUAGAUACCAUGUUCAGUCGUACCGGAGCCAAGUCUAAGUUGCGCAACGUAAGCUUCGGCGGAGAGGAAGUCAUCAGCAAUGGUGAGGACGGCGGUAGCCUCUUCGCGGGUCCGGGAGGCGUUCUGCGCAACAAUACGCGUAAGGGCAGGCCAGCGCCGGCUGUGCAGACCGGAGAUGUGGUCGAUCCCAAGGCUUUCGCGCAGAAGGAAGACUCUAACCACGCGGAGCCAAAGGAAGCCUCUCCAACUUCUGCGGCUCCGGAAAAGCCUGUCCAGCGUGGUUUUGAUGACGAUGCAUGGGAGGUCAAACAGCCUAAGCAGACUGCUCCCGCGCCAGCUCCAGCAGCUCCAGCAGCUCCAGCGGCUGCAACGCCGGCUUCCCCUGCUGCAGCCUCGCCCGUGACAACGCAGCCACCACAACAGCAACUUACAGGGGCAAUGGCAGACUUAUCCGUGCUUCACCCUCCGCUACAGCCAACUCCUACCCAACCGACUCCCGCUUCACAACCUCCGUCACAGGCACCUCCAGUCAUUCAGCCUCAGCCAACUGCUGUACCCGCGCCUGCCCCCCAACAGCCACAACAAACGGGUGCUACUCCCGGUUUCUUCUCUCAAUUGGGUCAGCCGGCACAGCAGCCGCUCCAGCAGCCACUCCAGAACCCCACGCAGGGAUUCAGUCCCCAAGCCACUGGGUUCCAACAAGCUUCCAGACCACGCCCGCACGCUCCUCAGACUAUGGGUCAAAAUUCGCUGCUUCCCCCUCCGCCUCAGCGACCACUUUCUGCACCCCAGAACUUCCCUCAACAGCAAAGCUCUUUUGGCCUCCCUCCACUGCAGCCUCAGCUGACAGGGCUACCUCAAGCUGGACCGCCACUCGCUGCUCCAGGUCAGAGUCUGGCCGAACUAAACCAGCAGCGGUUCCAGCAACCACUCCAACCACAGCCAACUGCGUUCAUGCCCCAAAAUCAGUUCCAAAAUGGCUUGAUGCCACAACCCACUGGUUUCCAACCGCAAUCUCAAUUUGGAAUCCAGCAGCAACAGCAACAGCAAGUGGGCUUCCAGGGACUUGCCCCGCAACCCACUGGCUUCGGUUUCCAGGCACAGCCGCAACAGCCAAUGCAAACCGGCAUCAACUCCGUCCUUCCCCAACCCCUGCAGCCUCAACCCACCGGUAUGAAUGGCGUUGGCAGCAUGCCUUACAACACUACGUCGCCACCGCCAAUCCCACCAAUUCCUCAGCAGCCAACGGCUGCACCUCUGACCCCACAGAAGACUGGGCCCGCACCCCCAAUCAGGUUUGGUGUCAAGCAUGACGCUCCAAAGAAGCUCGCUCCCCAGCCGACAGGUCUCCGGGCUAAUCUUGCACAAGCCACGCCCACAAAUCCGUUCGGUUUUUAA